CCUUUGCAGUUCCUGUCUUCACUGGGUGGUGGAAGCGGAUCCUGUCUUCACUUUGUGCUCGCGGGGCGCGAACUCGAGUGUCCGGAGCUUGGGCGAGCUGAGGCGUGGCCACCGCGCAGCCCCGCCGCGGGAGCGCGGGCCUCGCCUCUCGCGACUCGGGACGCAGCAUGCACCUCGGCGCCUGGUUAGGUCAGCUGUGCCGGGGUCUGUCCCGGCCCGUCGGACGGACCCCCCAGCUCGUCCGCGGGUCUCUGUCCAGAAGGCUGGUGCUGAGCUCCCGCAGGAGAAUUCCAGAAUUCAAUAGCUUUGUUUCCCGGACCAACACUUGUGGAGAGUUGCGUUCUUCUCACUUAGGUCAAGAAGUCACCUUAUGUGGAUGGAUUCAGUACCGAAGGCAGAACAUCUUCCUAGUCCUCAGAGAUUUCCACGGUCUGGUUCAAGUUAUCAUCCCUCAAGAUGAGUCAUCUGCCUCUGUGAAGAAGAUUUUAUGUGAAGCCCCUUUGGAAUCCGUGGUGAAAGUGUCUGGGACUGUCAUUUCUCGACCUCCAGGACAAGAGAAUCCAACAAUGCCAACUGGUGAGAUUGAAAUAAAAGUUAAAACAGCUGAACUUCUGAAUGCCUGCAAGAAGCUGCCCUUUGAAAUGAAAGACUUUGUGAAGAAAACAGAGGCUCUUCGCUUGCAGUAUCGGUACUUGGAUUUGCGCAGCUCCCAAAUGCAGUACAAUCUGAGAUUGAGGUCUGAGGUGGUUAUGAAAAUGCGGGAGUAUCUCUGUAAUCUGCAUGGGUUUGUAGAUAUAGAAACCCCAACAUUGUUUAAGAGGACCCCAGGGGGUGCCAAGGAGUUUUUAGUACCAUCCAGGGAGCCUGGAAAGUUUUAUUCUCUCCCUCAGAGUCCUCAACAAUUUAAGCAGCUUCUGAUGGUUGGUGGUUUAGACAGAUAUUUUCAAGUUGCUCGAUGUUACCGAGAUGAAGGCUCAAAACCAGACAGACAGCCUGAAUUUACUCAGAUUGACAUAGAGAUGUCUUUUGUAGACCAGACAGGGGUCCAGAGUUUGAUUGAGGGUUUGCUCCACUAUUCCUGGCCCAGUGAUAAAGAUCCUGUAGUUACUCCUUUUCCUUCUAUGACUUUUGCUGAGGCAUUAAGCAGCUAUGGAACUGAUAAACCAGACACUCGCUUUGGGAUGAAGAUUGUAGAUGUCAGCAAUGUGUUCAGAAAGACAGAGAUAAGAUUUCUUCAAGAUGCACUUAGCAAGCCCCAGGGAACGGCCAAAGCCAUCUGUGUCCCUGAAGGAGUCAAACACAUAAAAAGGAAAGACAUUGAAUCCAUUAAACAGUUUGCAGCUGACCAAUUUAACCAGGAAGUCUUACCUAUAUUCCUAAAAGCCAGUAGAAACUGGAAUUCACCAGUUGCUAAACUCGUAACAGAGGAUCAGAGAUUGGAAUUAAUCAGACUAAUGGAGAUUCAAGAGGAAGAUGUAGUCUUACUAACUGCUGGGGAGCAUAAGAAAACGUGUUCUUUGUUGGGAAAAUUACGACUGCAGUGUGCUGACCUUCUGGAAACGAAAGGCAUGGUACUCCGUGACCCAGCACAGUUCUCGUUCCUGUGGGUGGUGGACUUCCCACUCUUCCUUCCGAAGGAGGAAAGUCCCACAGAGCUGGAGUCAGCUCACCACCCAUUCACUGCUCCCCACCCCAGUGACCUUCACCUCCUCUACACUGAGCCUGAAAAGGUUCGUAGCCAACACUAUGACUUGGUUUUAAAUGGCAGUGAGAUAGGAGGUGGUUCUAUCAGAAUUCACGAUGCACAACUGCAGCAGUACAUCCUGGCAACAUUAUUAAAGGAAGAUGUGAAAUUGCUCUCCCAUCUGCUGCAGGCUUUAGAUCACGGGGCACCCCCUCAUGGAGGAAUUGCCUUAGGGUUAGAUAGGCUGAUGUGCCUCAUCACCGGAGCUCCAAGCAUCAGAGAUGUCAUAGCCUUCCCCAAAUCCUUCCGGGGACAUGACCUCAUGAGCAGUGCCCCAGAUUCUGUCCCAGUGGAAGAACUAAGGCCUUAUCAUAUCCAGGUAUCCUGGCCAACAGAGGCAGAAGCAGGAAAGGAUUCAUUGAAUCAGCCUCACCAACAAAAAAGUUGAAUUUUGGCUUUUGUGCUACAGGCAUGUCGUCUUUGGGUGGAAAUAAUCCAAGUGUUCUUCACAGUAAGGAAACAGGCAUGGCAGCCCACACUUAAUCCCAGCAGCCAGGCUUCAGCAGCAGAAUCAUGAGUUCAAGGGCAGCCAGGACUAUCAGCAAAACCUUGGCUUGUAAAAAAACAAGAUCCAAUUUGAUAAUUUACCUCUAUGGUUUGAAACAUUAUGGAAAGUUAUUCUUGGAGAGUUGUGAAAGAUGGUUAUAUUUCAAUUGGCAAGUCUGAAGUUGCAAAAUCAGAGAUGAGUCACAAGAUCAUAGCUUUUUUGUAUGGGCCUGAGCUAGUGCUCUACCACUUGAGCCACUGCCCACUUCUAGUUAUUUUGGUGUCAAGACUGGCUUUAUUUGAACCUUGAUCCUCAUAUUUCAGCUUCCUGAGUAAUGCGAGCCACUGGAGCCCUAGUCCCUUUUGUAAAAUCCAGUCUAUCUGUCCUGGCUACCUCCCUCAUGGGGCUCUUGGCAGGAAGAGGAUGUAUUUGCUGGAGUUGAGAAUGCUCUGAAAAACUGCAGGACUAGGAAUGCAUGGGCAAGCUCCUGCAUUCUAAUUCACAGCACCAAUAAAUGAGCAGCAAGGCAGGAAAAAAAUCAUGAAUUAAAGAUCAACCUUGACUACCUACAAAAAAUAACCCCAUUGCAAUCAAGACUUUUGGAGUUACUUUUUUUGGAGGGGGGCCAGUCGUGGAGUAUGAACUCCAAGCUUGGGCACUGUCCCUCAGCUCUUAAGCUCAAGGCGAGCACUCUACCACUUAUGCCACAGCACCACUUCUGGCUU